AUGGCGCUCGAUGAAUUGAAGGAGUUAAAGGUUCAGCUACAAGAACUACUCGACCUAGAUGAUAUUUUAAUCUAUUCGCGAACUGAAGAGGAACACGAAGAACACCUAAGGUUGACACUUCAAAGGUUGAGGGAUCAUCAAUUGUACGUGAAAUUCAAGAAGUUUGAGUUUUGGCUAACUCAAGUGGCGUUCUUAGAACACAUUAUCAGUAAGGAUGGUAUUAAGGUGGAUCCAGUAAAGAUUGAAGCCGUAAAAGAUUGGCCACAACCAAAGAAUGCUUCGGAGGUGAGAAGUUUUCUUAGGUUGGCAGGGUAUUACCAAAAAUUUGUAGAAGGUUUUUCGAAGAUUGCUACGCCAUUGACAGAACUCACCAGAAAGGGUAUCAAGUUUGUAUAG